UUGGUAACUGGCAAUCAUCUUCAACUCCUCCUAUAGUCUAGCCUUGCUAUAUCGUCUGUACUUUUUUUCCUCUUCUUCUAAACCGCCAUGGCGGAUGUUGAACAACCUGCGAAACCUGUUUCCCCGAUAUCUAACCUGUUGCAGAAAAUUGGCUUGACCCGCGACGAUUUGAGCCGUCAUAGCGACCAAAUGCGUCAAUUUUUGACUACUCAAGACGCGAAGUCUCUUCGCGCUUUUUCUGCAGAUUCUGUAGAUGCACAGCAGAGUAUUGCUUCUGUCCUUGGCAAGUCUCGCUCCUGUUCUCAUUCCAGCUCAAAUUCGCGUCAAAACGCGUCAGUUGCAUCCCAAACUCCUCCCCCUUCCACGCCUGUCAAAUCUGAGCCCGUAGAGCCCGCUAUCCCCCUCCGUCAUAUGGACAGCAUGGAAAUGAUCCUCGAGAGAAAGAGCCGAAAAACAAAGCGCGAUAAGCGAGGGAAGAAGGACAAGGAACGCAAUGCACCUUCCCCAUCCCCUGCAAGCACCGCCUUCAGCCUUGACGCGUUCAUGCAUUCACGCGAUUCACGACGCGUCCCAUCUUUGGAUCAAUCUGAUUCCUCUACUAGCGUGGCCUCAUUGGACAACCACGAGGAUGAACUCCCUCCCCCUCCUGUUACCCCUCAGCACCGCAAAUAUUAUAGAGACUAUGAUACCGUGGAGCAUCCCUCAUGUCUCAAAAAGGGUUCUUACACCCCCCGAGACCAGUCACCAACUCCCACGCGCCACCGCUCUUCCUCAAUAUUUGAUCUACCUCAUGCAAGUGUUGCAGACACUUCAAAUGCAAAUUUCAUUACUCCUCGCCGUAACGCCUAUUACAAGUCGCCUCUACCCUCCUCCUCUCCACCUCAAUCUUCCCCAUUCGCGACGCCCUCUAAACCUAUUGUCAACCUUGUAUCAUCCCCCGGUCCCAUGGGUCCCCUCCCAGACGAAGAUGAUUACGAAAAUCUUCCAUACACCCUUCCCCCCGGUCCAUAUUCUAUGAAGAAACCAGACCUCUCCUAUGCAGCCCUUAUCGGCCAAGCAAUAAUUUCUUCGCCGGAUCAUCGGCUCACCCUCCAGGAACUUUACGAUUGGAUUACGAUCGUGUAUCCUUAUUACAACCGAAGCGAAAUGACAUGGAUGAAUUCUAUUCGUCAUGUCCUUAGCACAACUGUAUGCUUCCGUAAGGUCCCCCGAGAUCGCAGCGUCGGGCGUACACUCUGGGCUAUCUGGGACUGCGAUCUCGAGUGUUUCGCCGAUGGCGGUUUCAGGAAAGAAUUUUGCGCGGAAAUAAAGGAAGCGAACAAGAAGUCUGCUCCGAAGAAACGUGCAGCGGAAGAAUCAGUGUCUGGUCCCGGUCGCAAAACGAAACGGCAGAAAAAAGGUGCCGCACCUGCACCUGUUGAACCUCCAACAAGCUCGCCUGUACAAGAAAUGUCACCCGCGUUUGCAGGCUCGACUCUGCCAACCCUUGUGCCGUACUCGCAACUCCUCCCUCUUUUUCCUCCUCGCAGUUCUGCGCAUCACCAACCAUACUACCAAAACUGUGUACAACUGCCUACUGAUGUUAUCUUCCCCCCCUUACCCCCGUCAUCAAGUUAUGCUCGUACUAGUCCAUCAUCAUUGCCUCCUUCAUCUGCCGUCAAGAGCUCUGAUGUGGCGCAGACGUCACCGAUCCCCCCUUCCUCCCUACCCGCCCUUUCGCCGAGUAAAAGUUCUUCUAGCCCCCGGUUGUCCUCUGAGGACCACCUCUUUUUCAACCUCGAUGGCGGCAUGAGCCCUCGCAUCGAGUCAACCCCUCCGCUAGAGUCUGGAAUUACUUUACUAGACACUGAUAGACGUAACUCAAAGGCAAGGUUACCACCUCCCAAAACCCCUCCGAAGAAAUCCAUUGGACUGCCUCCCAUGCCUGUAUCUCCUACGCUUGACCGUCGUGGCAAAUCCAAGAAAGCCAAGUUAGCUGUUAAAGAUUGUCCUCCACCCACGUUGCCAACCUCUAUACGACCCAUGACACCUCCUCCCCGUCCUUCAACGCCUCCUCGCAGGGGCGGCAGCAGCACUGUACAACUCUCUCCCAUUCGCACGCCUCUGUCGCAUAAAGGCCUGCACAUGAGCCCCUCCGCAAGCCUCGCGCAUUAUAAAUUCAAUCUCGAUCCACCCCCCUCGGCCACCUUCCGUCCUGACGACGGAAUUAACCCAGCUGUAUUUGAUACCGAGAAUAUCCGCACACCGUCGCGCAAGCGCGGUACACAUGCACAUGGACACCAUCAUAAAGACACCUCCAUCUUGUUCCCGCCUGUGACGCCAAAAAAGCUGGUCUUUCCUACGCACAGUUCCUCUGCAGAGUCACCUUUCCGCACGCCUGGAUCAAAGUCUAUAUUUGAUCCACAUGACCCGGGGGCGAUUCUCGAUGAGGAGCUGGCGCGGCUUGGCGCGAAAGGGAUGCAAGAGAGCCCGAUUGGAUUGUUUGAAGGCCGACGCGGUCUGUUGUACGAGAGCCCGAAUAUGCCGAGUCCGGGGAAAUGGGCUCGGUGGUUCUGAGACUUGUUGAUUUCGUUCUGUGAGCUUGAUCUUGUUUUCAUGAUUCUGAGUGUAUUAUCAUGGUGUUGUGUCUGGACGUUUGCUGUUGUUUCGUUCUACUUGUGUAUUCUAUCGUUUCAAUUUGGUGACUUGCUAUUGAUUAUUAGGUCCUUGUCAUCGUCGUCGUGUUAUUUGUUGUCUCCCCGCUAAAAUAUCCUGCGAAGAGUUGCAUCUCCAUUUACUAUGAUUUGUUACCGAUAGAAUACAUAUGACGAAUAGAUGAUGUGUUCUGGGAGUGCUGUAUAUGAUUAAUCAUCGAGGAAUGUCAGGAAACGAAU